GACCUACUUUAAGAACGUAAUAACUGGUGACUGGUAACAGUUAUAAGAACCAACACUGGCACUAAAGACAGUAGAGUAUUUUUAAUAAUCUCUUUUGCCUUUAGUUUUGUCACAAAGGUUACCAGUUGUUAAAUUAAUUAACUGCAGCAAUGACAAUCACGGGCAUUAUACGAUGCAUAAAAUUGACGUCAAGUCAAUCUCUACACUUUGCAAGAUGCUUUGCUUCUUCUGCAAACAUACCCACAACCAAGAUGUUUAUAAACAAUGAAUUUGUUGAGUCCAAAACCAAGAAAUGGAUUGAUUUACAUAACCCUGCAACAAAUGAAGUGAUCACAAGAGUGCCAGAAAGUACAACAGCUGAAAUGGAAGCGGCGGUUGCGGCAGCUAAGGCAGCCUUUCCUGCAUGGUCCAAAUCAACUGUUCUAUCAAGGCAGCAGAUAAUGUUUAGAUUUCAAGAUCUUAUUAAGAAAAAUAUGAAACGCCUGGCUGCAAGUAUAACACAAGAACAAGGAAAAACUUUAAUUGAUGCAGAAGGAGAUGUACUGCGAGGGCUUCAGGUUGUUGAACACUGCUGCAGUAUAACAUCUUUGCAACUGGGUGAGACACUUCCUGGUAUAGCCAAAGAUAUGGACACUUUCACAUUUAGACUGCCUCUAGGUGUCACUGCUGGCAUCACACCAUUUAACUUCCCAGCAAUGAUUCCAUUGUGGAUGUUCCCCAUGGCUGUUGUGUGUGGUAAUACCUCUGUGAUGAAGCCAUCAGAGCGUGACCCAGGGGCCUUAAUGAUCCUAAUGGAGCUAUGUCAAGAAGCUGGGUUUCCACCCGGUGUUGUGAAUGUCAUUCAUGGACGUCAUGACUCUGUCAACUUUAUCUGCGACCAUCCUGACAUUAGGGCAAUUUCUUUUGUUGGCUCUGACCAGGCUGGCCAGUACAUCUAUGAGAGAGGAUCUAAAAAUGGUAAGCGAGUUCAGUCUAACAUGGGUGCCAAGAAUCAUGGAGUUGUCAUGCCCGAUGCAAAUAAAGAGAGCACUUUAACCAGCCUUGUUGGUGCUGCCUUCGGUGCUGCUGGUCAGCGGUGUAUGGCCCUGUCUACAGCCAUAUUUGUUGGUGAGGCAAAGCAAUGGAUUCCAGAACUUGUCGAGAGAGCAAAGAAAUUGAAAGUUACUGCUGGCACUGAACCUGAUGCAGACCUGGGUCCACUCAUUUCACCUGAAGCUAAGAAGCGAGUCUGUGAUCUCAUUCAGUCUGGUGUUGAUGCAGGGGCCAAGUUGCUGCUUGACGGCCGCAACAUAAAAGUGAAAGGUUUUGAAAAGGGAAACUUUGUGGGACCAACUAUCUUACACAAUGUUAAUCCCAAAAUGAAAUGUUACACUGAGGAAAUCUUUGGCCCAGUUUUAGUCAGCAUGGAGGUUGAUACUUUAGAGGAUGCUAUAAACAUUGUCAAUGCUAACCCAUAUGGUAAUGGUACAGCCAUCUUCACAACCAAUGGAGCCACAGCACGAAAGUACACAAUGGAGUGUGAUGUUGGCCAGGUUGGAGUCAAUGUCCCUAUUCCUGUUCCACUACCAAUGUUUUCAUUCACUGGAUCCCGAGGCUCAUUCAGAGGAGAUCAAAACUUCUAUGGAAAACAGGGCAUUCAGUUCUACACUCAAAUCAAGACAGUCACCCAAAUGUGGCGUGGAGAAGAUGCUGUGUCAUCUCGACCUGCCACUAACAUGCCUGUGCAGCAGUAGUCUGAUGUGUAGUAUUACAUCCAUUGACCUGGAGUUGUGUAUGCUUGUGAAAUGUUGAAAUAGUCUGCCACAUUAGUUUGUUGAAUAGUGUGGACUUACUCAGAUGCUUAUUUAUACUCCACAAAGAAACUGAAAUACUGGCUGUAUUCAGCUUUAUGCUAGCAGGUUUGCAUGAACCAGUUUGUGAGAUUGUUAUUUCUUGUACAGCCUUGUAUAAUGUAUUCAAAUGUAUUAUCACAUUUGUCAUGGAGGACAAGUGUCUUUAUGUUAGACAAUGUCCUGAUGAUCAACUUGUAAUAAAGUUCUUGUAAUGCAUUGA